AUGAAAAAGCUGAAGAAAUCUCUGAACGCCGUGUUCUCUCAGUUCGGGAAGAUACUGGAGGUGUUGGCGUUUAAGACACUGAAGCACAAAGGGCAAGCUUGGGUAGUCUUCGAGAACGCCGAAUCUGCUUCCACUGCUAUUGCCAAGAUGAAUGGAUUUCCCUUCUACGAUAAACCCAUGAAAAUACAAUUUGCGAAAACAAAAUCAGAUGUUGUUGCCAAGGCCGAUGGUACAUUUGUUCCUCGCGAGAAGAGAAAGAGACACGAGGAGAAAGGUGGCAAGAAAAGGAAAGACCAGCAUCAUGAUUCUACACAGAUGGGAAUGGCCAUGAACUCUGCAUACCCAGGUGUCUAUGGAGUCCCACCUCCUCUUUCGCAAGUACCAUACCCUGGUGGUGUGAAACCAAUGGUUCCGGAGGCACCGGCGCCGCCAAAUAACAUCCUCUUUGUCCAAAACCUUCCUCACGAGACAACUCCAGUGAUGCUUCAGGAGUUCUUCGGCCGGUACGUAGGUUUGAAGGAGGUUAGGAUGGUUGAAGCCAAACCGGGUAUUGCCUUUGUGGAGUAUACAGAUGAGAUGCAGUCAACGGUUGCAAUGCAUGAACUUCAAGGUUUCAAGAUUGAGCAAAACCAAAUGCUCAUCACCUAUGCCAAGAAAUAG